AUGGAACUCGCCAAGUCGUUCGUCUGGUACAUCAUCUCGCCACCCCGCCUGCCCACCUUGUCCUCCGUGCGCCGCGACACACCAAUGUCGUCCUCGUCCCCUCGCGAGGGCCAGCUCCACGCCACAUCCUACACGUCGCGCGAGGUCGCGCUUCCCGACGACUUUCUCGUCGCACAGCCUGACGACGCAACACCCAUAACCUACGCGCCGAUCCGGUGGGCCGACACGACGCUGCGCGAGAACGGGCCAUACUACGCCGCUGUGCUCGACGGCGUGCUCUCACCGUCCGAGUGCGCGGCGCUCAUCGCCUACGCGGAAGAAAGCGUGACCGGCAAGCAUGGCGACAGCAGCGCCUGGCGCCCGGCGCUCGUCAACGCCGGACCAGGCCUAGAGGUCCUCAUGACCGACUACCGCAACUCUGACCGCAUCGUCUGGGACAACCAGACGGUCAUGGACCGGCUGUGGGCGCGCAUGGCGACGAUCCCGGAGGUGCGCGAGCGGUUAAUGACCGCGAAAGAGGGCAACACGGCCUACACGUUCAACCGGGUCAACGAGCGCGGACGAUACCUGCGCUACGGGCCAGGCCAGUUCUUCAAGCCCCACUGCGACGGGCCGUACUACUACGAGAAGGACGGCAAGGCGUACCUCACGUUCUACACGAUCCAGCUGUACCUCAACGACGCGGUCGAGGCGUUUGACAGCACGGCAGAGGCGAGCGCCGCCGGCGCGACGCUGCGCGGCGGCUCGACGGCCUUCCUCGACCGCCGUGGGUCCGACCGCCGCGUAGACGUCUACCCCAGGUGUGGGCGCGUGCUGCUCUUCCAGCACGACAUGCUGUACCACUCGGGCGAGCCGGUCAAGGAGGGCAUCAAGUACACGCUCCGCAGCGACGUGCUGUUCGUUAGCGACGAGGCGGUGUAG